AUGGCCUCUGCCCAAGAUGCCAGGUACAGCCAGAAAGACUCCUCUGAUCAGAACUUUGACUACAUGUUCAAAUUGCUCAUCAUUGGCAAUAGCAGUGUGGGGAAAACAUCUUUUCUGUUCCGUUACGCGGAUGACUCCUUUACAUCUGCAUUCGUCAGCACAGUUGGGAUUGAUUUCAAAGUCAAAACUGUAUUCAAAAAUGAAAAGAGAAUCAAGCUUCAGAUUUGGGACACAGCAGGCCAGGAAAGAUACAGGACUAUCACCACAGCCUAUUAUCGUGGAGCCAUGGGCUUUAUUUUAAUGUAUGACAUCACAAAUGAAGAAUCCUUCAAUGCAGUACAGGAUUGGUCAACUCAAAUCAAAACAUACUCAUGGGAUAAUGCCCAGGUUAUCCUGGUUGGGAACAAAUGUGACAUGGAAGAUGAGCGAGUCAUCUCAACUGAGAGGGGCCAACAUUUAGGAGAACAGCUUGGUUUUGAGUUUUUUGAAACCAGUGCCAAGGAUAACGUUAAUGUGAAGCAGACAUUUGAGCGUCUCGUGGAUAUCAUCUGUGACAAAAUGUCCGAGAGUUUGGAGACAGAUCCAGCCAUCAAUGCCGCAAAGCAGAACACGAGGCUCAGGGAAACCCCUCCUCCACCGCAGCCCAACUGUGGCUGUUAGUGUCCCGGUACAGGCAGCUCCAGAGGGGUUGGUUGCUAAAAAUAGCAUUUAUAAAUGGUCAAUUAGCCUUCAUUUA